UGCCACUCCAAGCUGCUUCAAGCCAUCGAACACUUCAGUUCCGAAACAUUCUCUAGACAGAUCGCUCGUAUCGACUCGCGCGUCGUAAUCGACCGACUCUCGAUCAAUUAACUUGUUUCUUAAGUAAUGUGUUAAGUUUUACAAUGUCGGAUAUACCGUUGGUUCGACGUGCCAUAGUUGGGGCUUCACUGGCACAUAAUAAUCCUGAUGCCAGCAAUCCUCUAGUUCUGGACCAGCCACGGGAAGACCAAUGGACCCCAGCUGCCUUGGAACGAGCUGGAUCUACUUUAAAAGCUCUGAACCGCAUGGCGAAACGACCCCCAGUGCACAUUCUGUUUGAAGAUAUUUGUUACAGCGUCAAUUCGCAUAAAGAUGGAAACCGCAUUCUACACAAUGUCUCCGGAGAGUUCCGUUCAGGAGAGCUCACUUGUAUUCUGGGCCCUUCGGGUGCGGGGAAAUCGAGUCUGCUCAAUAUACUUGCAGGUUAUACUUCAAACGGCGUCAAUGGAAGAAUCACCGUGAACGGUCACGCUCGUGAUAUGAGGGUAUACAAAAAACUAUGUAGCUAUAUCAUGCAAGAUGAUGUACUGCAACCUCGACUGACCGUGAUGGAGUCCAUGUGGGUCGCUGCAGACCUCAAGCUGGGCGAGGAACUGGGAAAGGCAGAAAAGGAACUAAUAAUUGAAGAAAUCCUUGAGACAAUUGGGCUGUGGCAACAUCGAGAUACAAUGUCACACAACCUGUCCGGUGGACAAUCGAAGAGGCUUUCUGUUGCUCUGGAGCUGGUCAACAACCCGCCUAUUAUAUUCCUUGAUGAGCCUACAACUGGACUGGAUGUGGUCUCCAUUCGGCAGCUGAUCGUUCUGCUCCGUCUCCUGUCUCGCCAGGGUCGGACUAUCAUCUGUACAGUGCACCAACCGUCCGCUUCACUCUUCGCUCUGUUCGACCGCGUGUACGUACUCGCCAGAGGCCUGUGCUGCUAUCAGGGGGCGGCACCGCUUCUGGUGCCAUUUAUGAAAGAAGUCGGUCACGUGUGCCCAACGACGCAUAAUCCGGCAGAUUUUGUCCUGGAGACCAUUGUGGGCAACAGCGAGGCCGCGGCUCAGAUGGCCGAACUAUCACAAAACGGGAAGCUUAGCAGGAAACUGGAACGAAUCACUACUAGAGGGGGGAGAAAACCAGUAUUGCAUUCAGACGAAUCGAUUCAGAGAAUAUUUGUGGAACAUGUUGCAAAAGAACAAUUACAAAAAAUGGAGUUUCCAACAACAUUUUCGAAACAAUUUCAAAUUUUAACUAAACGAAUGUUUGUACAGACGAGAAGAAACACAAUAUCAUUAUGGAUACAAUCUGUUCAUCACAUAUUGGCUGCAGUUCUUCUCGGUGGCAUCUUCUUCGGAAUAGGCAAUGACGGUUCCGUUCCAAUAGCUAACUUCAAGUUCUGCCUCAGCUGCAUUGUAUUCUUUAUGUACACUCACAUCAUGAUACCGGUCUUAAUAUUUCCUACCGAAAUGCGAUUGUUGAAACGCGAAUAUUUCAAUCGAUGGUAUAGCCUGAAAGCAUAUUACGCUGCACUCACAGUCUCAUCUAUACCAGUGAUGGUCAUCCUAGGACUUGUGUUUCUUAUAAUUGGAUUCUUUAUGUCCGGUCAACUGAUGGAGCUAGAUCGGUUCAUAUUGUACGCUAUCAGCGGGUUGAUGACUGCAGUUUGCUCGGAAGGACUCGGCCUGGUUGUAGGAGUUUCCGUUAGUAUCACGAACGGAUCAAUUGUGGGACCGGCGAUCGCAGCACCACUGUUGGCACUAUCUUGCUACGGAAUGGGUUUCGGCCCGUACAUCGAAAGAUUUAUGAAAAUUCUCAUGUCAGCUUCAUACUUACGACAAGGUCUCACCGGAUUCUGCUUAGCUCUGUACCAAAAACGGCAGCCGUUGGAUUGCAAAACUGAGUUCUGUUUGUAUUCAGAACCCUCAAUUUUCUUAAGGGAUAUAGGAAUGUCUAAUGAAUCGUAUUUAUUACAAAUGGUGGGUUUACUUAUAUUUACAUUAUUAUUUAGGCUCGUUGCAUUUUUUGUGUUGCGUUACCGUCUCACUGCAGAAUUCACCAGUAAAUUUAUGACGUAUGUUAGUAAAAUAUUAUCUCAUAGAUAAAUUUCAUAUCUGCGAAAAUAAUCAUAAUUUGAUGCAUUCAUUCUUGCGUAAAUAGUUAUAACGUCUUUUGUGACUUACUUCAUACUGGUAGUCCAAACCUCAAAUGUUAUUUUCAUACCUAAUACCUACGACAAACAUAAUUCGUCGCAAAACGUUCUUUCUUUCAUUUUUUGUAUUUCUCCUAUCAGCUUUUUUUUUAUUUACCUUACAGCUUUAGAACCUUUUUACAUCACUAGUAUGAUUUUAUGCGGUGCUGUGCAGAGAUAUUCUUUCAAAAAUGCGGGUAGUUGCAUAAUAUGUCGAUAAGCUAAGUUUUUUAAUGUUGCUAUAUAUGUACUGAUUAAACUUGUUUUUAGUAGAUAUUUUUUUAUAAAUUAACUGAAUUAUUGUGUCCAAUAAAAUAAACUCGUAAGCGUAGAGCUGGCUUUUGAUGGAAUAUAUUCAAAAUGGCGGCUUGUACAAAUACAGUUAGUGCAACCGAAUUACAGCAGUGCAGUAAACCAAAAGUAACUAGCUACUUUCACUUGUUUUCUGUCGCUAAAUGUAGCGCUGUGUCGACGUCAGUCGCUAAGCGAGGGUUGUUACAAACAUACUCUAACAUGAUGACGCACAUCAUUACAGUCAUUUGCACACAUAUUUAAGACGAUUUAAAUGGCAAAACAAAAAUGCAAUUUAGUGUCAUAUGAUGAGUACGUGGACUGAGCAAUCGAACGUAGUUGUGUGGUGCAUUUUGUAGAUUUUGUUUAAACACACACACACACGCCUUUUUCCCGUCGGUUUAGGCAGAGACAACAGAACGCCACUUGCUUCUAUCCUUAAAGCCUAAACAUGAUCGGUCGCGGUCCGGUAGCGGACCAUAUUCGAUGGUAUGUCGCAUUGUAUUAUUACCGGACCGUACCGAGUACGACCCGAACCAAUUACUGCGAGGCACCCACCGGACCGUCCCGUGGUCCGGCUGUACCACAUUUGACCAUGUUUUAGGCUAUUGCAAACCUCACGCGCUUCCUCAUUACUCUCUGUUUGUUUAAAAAUUAUUUAAAUUUGUUAUUUUUUUCAAUAAUGCUGCUUUAAUAUAGUCUGAUACUAUAACUAACUAAAGUCUAAAGUUUAUUUAAGUUAAUUCCCUAUAAAACAAUGAUAAAUAGACAUUCGCACUAAUCUACAGCUGAGUAUCUAUGAGUAGUCAUAAUAAACAAUCUGCAAAUGAUAUGAUGAGAAUUUGAUUUAAAAGUAGAUGUAAGUAUUACCUAUAAGUAAUUUUAAUGUAAAUUAAACAUGAGUUUGUUUAUAGCAUAGAUAAUAAUUAAAGACAAGGGUACGUCAUAAUGAUAAAAAUAAAUUUUAUUAAUAAUUUUUAUACUUAUCUCAGAAAUCAAACAUGUCAUUAUUAAUUUAAUUUGAAAGUGUGAUUUUACAACUGUGAUUUCAAUAUUUU